GAAACCUCUGCGCAUGCGCACUCGCGCAGUUCAGAACUACAUGCGUCAAGUUUUUAGAGCUAAACUUUUUUAAAGAUUCGAGUUUUUAGGACAUGAGCAAAGAUGGAUGAGGAUGCGUUUGAGGUCCCAGAGAGGACGGAGUUCCGCUACCUGGUUCAGGAUGACGAUGAGGAGGAGGAAGUUCAGUAUGUCCGUCACAGACACUACAUCAGCCCCUUCCUAGUGCUGUCCAAACGCUGCAUCUUCCUCAUCUGCCUGGGCGUACUCGCCAUGCUCGCCCUGGCCGCCUACCUGGUCUCCGUGGCACAGACCCAGCUGCCUGGACGGCCCCAGGUGUUGACAGACUGCGGGGAGUUCAGGGGAAAUCACAAAAAUGGAGCCUACUCCUUUAAGGGCAUUCCCUACGCGGCUCCUCCGGUGGGGAACCGGCGCUGGGCUCCUCCGUCUGACCCGGUAUGUGGGCAGGGUACGAUGGACGCCACCCGCUUCCGCAGCAUGUGCCCUCAGGCGCGGCCGUUGUCCAGCAGUGGGAAGGUGAUGGGCCAAGAGGACUGCCUGUUCGUCAACGUGUGGACACCCACGCUGCAGCGCGACGCCGGCCUGCCCGUCAUGGUCUGGAUCCACGGAGGAUACCUGCAUAUGCUCAGUGGCGGGGAGCCGGGCUACUCGCCCACAGAGAAGCUCGCCGCCGAUACUCAAGUGGUUUAUGUUAGCUUUAACUAUAGACUCAGCGCUUUCGGCUUCCUGGCUUUGGAGGCGUUGAGGGAAGGUUCUCCGCGAAACACGUCAGGGAACUAUGGCUUCCUGGACCAGAUCGCAGCUUUAAAGUGGGUCCAGAAGAACAUCCGUGGUUUUGGAGGAGAUCCUGGAAAGGUCACCAUAUUUGGACAUAGUUCAGGUGGGACUUCGGUGUGGACCUUAAUGAUGUCCCCGCUGGCCAAAGGUCUGUUUUAUGCUGCCGUGGACAUGAGUGGCUCGUACAUACUCAAUGCCACGCUGGAGCAAGCUGAAUCAGACAACCUUGUGUUCCUGAAAAAGACAGGGUGCAAAGAUCUGGCCUGCCUGCGAGGUCUCUCCGUGAAGCAGGUCCUGCAGGCCAUACCAUGGGUGGAGUACCCAUCCUGGGCUGCAGAUGAUUUAACCGAUCUCCCCACUAGAGGGCGUUUCAUCGGGCCUGUUGCUGUGGUGGACGGAUAUGUCCUGGAAGCUCCGCCUUUUGAGGUCUGGGAGAAAAAGGGAUUCUUUAACGACGUUCCGUUUGUAAUCGGGACCACUGAGCAAGAAGUUGACUUCAGUCCUCCAGCUGCAAACAUCUCUGAUUGGACCUGGGGAGACUACAGCUGGUUUGUUACAGAGAAGCUUCAGUCCUUCAACCAGGAUCUCCCAAAAGAUGCUCUGGAGCAGUACCCGUCCUCGGCGCCCUGUCCAACCAGAGACCGCUGUCCAGAGCGGGCCUACACCACCAUGGUGUCUGACAUCAGGGUCACCUGUCCCAACAACGACUUGGCCUGGAGGGCAGCAGCGGCUCUCAGCAGUCCCGUUUAUCGCUACGUGGUGACGCACACCCCAUCCGGACCUGCCAACACGUCCAGCGACCUGCUGCCGUUCUCCAGCCGCUUCUCCUUCCAUUCUCUGGAUGCUCUUGCCUUCUUUGGAGGAUUGGACUCCAUUCUGCCCAAACCUCUGUCGGAAAAGGACCGGAGCUUCCAGACUCUCCUCAAAAACCACCUGGUCGCCUUCGCCAAGACAGGAAAGAUGGAGGCGGCGUGGCCGGAGUACCCGGCAGCCAUGGCUCUGCUGUCCGACCGCAUGGAGGUGACGCAGAACUACUCGUCGGCUCGCUGCGAGCUUUGGAGGAAGAAUGGCCUUUACACCUACGCCUGGAUAAACUGAGCACGCCACGCCGCGUUUUAAAACUCAGUGAGAGAGCAGCAUUGUGUUGGUCUGCACUGCAGCAGGUGGUAGUUUGAACAAUCAGACCGAAUCUCACAAUGAGGGAAACCUGGGGGGAUGUUUUUGGGAUGCAUUCUGGGUAAAUUUAACCGAACAUGCACAAAGACCAAAGAAAAAAUAUGUCUGGGUUUUAUAAGGAGGGAAAAAAGUGAUUUCCAGGUUGAGAUGUUUGAGAAAGUGACAGAGCUGCUGUCGGCUUAAAGUGGGACGUUUCCAGAAUAAUCCAUAAAGGAAACCAGUGAAUUAAAACAGCAGCAGCUUUCUACCAAUUA